AUGGAUACACCAACAAAGGGAAUGGCAAAUGAUGCAUACUAUUGGUCAACAGAAUCAACAAGCGCUGGCUCCUUUUCUUCAUCUAAAGCAUGGGAAACUCUCAAACCGCGCAGUGACUCUAAAGCUUGGGCCUCAACUGUCUGGUUCAAGGGUGCAGUUCCAAAACACGCUUUCAACAUGUGGAUCACUACUCUCGACAGAUUGCCAACGAAGAAGCGCUUAGCUGACUGGGGGAUGAAUAUUCAGACUCAUUGCUGCCUAUGCUCUAUUGAACUUGAGACCAGAGAUCACCUUCUGCUCUCUUCUCAAUUUGCAGUUGAGAUAUAG